UUUGAAAAAGUAUGAAAAUUGAGAAUAUAAGUUGUGGAGAGAGAAAGAGAAAUGAAAUAAGGAUGGAGAGUGAGGGCGGGGAGAAAAGGGAAAGCAAUGGAGAGGGGAAUAAGAGGAAGAAGAAAGUGUUUUCGGAGAUGACAAUGGCGACAGUAUCGAAAUUGAAACGGCACCGUUCUCACAGUGAACCGACGUUGUGCACACUUCACGACAACACAUCCCCUGGCUAUGGAUGGCUGCUCCCCGCUUGGGUAGCAGAAGAACGGCACAUGGAGUCCGGAAGGGUUUAUAGGUACUACUACGACCCCCAAGGUAAUCAAUACAAAAGCCAGAGCGAGGUUUUCGCUGCAUGGGAGAAUGCCGGGAUGAUUGUUAUUGACGACUGAAACUCAAUUCUAUACCUCAACUUCUUUCUUCCUAGUAUGUCUGCUGCUAUUGGACUUAAUUUCCUCAU